UUCAAAGUUAUUGUCAACAGUCGUGUGUUUUGAUUUGUGAAAAUAGGAAAAUUCCUUAAUUCACUUAAAUAAUGCCGCCAAAAAUCAAUCAUCGUGAUGUUUCACCUUUUUUGCAGGCUCUUAGAGCAUUCUUACUUGGUCGUCAACCAACAAAUGCUUUAAGAUUCGAAGACACUAUUGCAGCACGUACCCAACCACCACCUGUAAUUCCAGACGGUGUAUCGCAUAAAUAUUCAGCAAACUACUAUUUGUCGAGAGAUGCAAGACGAGAAGUUUGUCCACCAGUUAAUUUGACACAACAAGCUAUUGGCGAUGGAGUUAAAAAAACCAAAUUACCUCAGCCAGGAGUGACUUUUGAAUGGGACAAACAUUAAAUAUGAAACUUAUUGAAAUGUAUAUUGCGAUUUUGUGAAUUAUAGAACGUUCAAAAAUAUAGAACAUUAAACUC